ACCAAUUAUGCAUCCACUUCUUUGGGCCAACAUUCGGUUUCCUAAAACUAAACACAAGAAUUCACUCAUUUAGAGCCCAUACUUUCUUCUCACAACAUUAAUCAAUCUCAAACCAAAACCCCCCUUUUUCCUUAAACCCUCCUCAAAAACCCUACAAAAAUUACCUUCAAUUUCUUCAUCCAUUUCCUAAUUUUCCCCAAAUUAAACCCCCAUUUCAGCAAAAAUGAGCUCCAAGCUAUUUGUGAUCCUAAAUCGGUUGACUUAUAGGUUAAAUCAAGCUCAAAUUUCAUCAGAAAAAGCCCUAAUUUUGAGCUCAAAUGUUAUCAAUGGUGAGAGAAACUACCACACUAAUACGAAAACUAGGGAGACAUUGUAUUCAAAGUUAAGCCCCUUAGGAAGUCCUGGAAUCAAUGUGCAACCAGAGCUUGAUGGUUGGGUUGAUAAAGGCAAGAAGAUUAGCGUUGCUGAGUUGUUGCGAAUCAUCCAUGAUUUUCGCAAGCGCAAGCGAUUUACUCAAGCUCUCGAGGUUUCAGAGUGGAUGAACGAGAAAGGCGUCUGUAAAUUUACACCAGUUGAACAUGCGGUGCAGUUAGAUCUUAUUGGCAGAGUCCGUGGUUUUUUGUCUGCAGAGAGCUAUUUCAAUAGCUUAUCUGAACAAGACCAAACUGAUAAGACAUAUGGCGCUCUUCUUAACUGCUAUGUGCGACAGCGACAACUUGACAAGUCCUUGUCACAUUUACGGAAGAUGAAAGAGAUGGGUUUUGCAUCAACAGCUCUUACUUAUAAUGACAUUAUGUGCCUAUACACAAAUAUAGGGCAAUAUGAGAAGGUUCCAGAGGUGUUAGUUGAAAUGAAGGAAAACAAGGUUUUACCUGAUAAUUACAGUUACAGACUGUGCAUCAAUUCAUAUGGAGCAAAAUCUGACAUUGAAGUGGUGGCAAAUAUUUUGAAAGAAGCAGAGACUCAACCUCACAUGGCAGUAGACUGGAACACCUAUGCGGUUGCUGCUAAUUUUUACAUUAAAGCAGGGCUCACAGACAAGGCAAUCGAUGCCCUGAAAAAGGCAGAGGUAAGAGUGGAUAAGAAAGACGGCACUGCCUAUAACCAUCUGAUUACUCUCUAUGCCAAACUAGAAAAAAAGGAUGAUAUUUUGAGGUUGUGGGCACUGGAGAAGAGUGCUUGUAAGAGAUGUAUCAACAGGGAUUAUAUUAACGUGUUGGAAUCUCUUGUGAGGAUUAAUGCAGUAGAAGCAGCUGAGGAAGUGCUGAAGGAGUGGGAAUCAUCUGAUAAUUGUUAUGAUUUUCGGGUUCGUAAUAUUGUUACUGUAGCAUAUUUAGACAAAGGAAUGCUCGAGAAAGCAGAGGCUAUGCUUGUGUCAGAGAAAGAAAAGGGUUCAAGUCCCAACACUUGGGGAUUAUUAGCAGCAAGGUACCAGGAGAAGGGUGAGAUGCAUAAAGCAGUCAGCUGCAUGAAAGCAGGCUUGUCAUUUUAUGUAGAGAAUAAGGGUUGGAAGCCUAAUAGACAAGUCAUUUAUUAUCUUCUUAAUUGGAUUGGUGAUGAAGGCAGUGUUGAAGAUGUUGCAUCCUUUGUCAAAUUGUUGAGAAAUGCAGUUCCGGUGAAUAGACAGAUGUAUCAUGCUCUAAUUAAAGCCCAUCUACGACAUGGCAAGGAUGUGGAUGGGAUUUUGGAGGAGAUGAAGGUUGAUCAAAUAAAAGAAAAUGAAGAGACAAAAAGUAUCCUUAGUACGAUACCAACGAACACUUGAUUACCUUCUACAACUACUGCUAUUUUUUGCAGGAAAUCUGUAGUUCCGCAUGAUCACACUGUCCACAGAAGCUCGUAUAUUUGUUCGGGUUAUGCAGCUACUGCAUCAAGGAUGAGGUAUAGUUAACAGCAUUAGAAGCAUGUAGAUGCAGUGACUUGCCCAGUUGCCACAAGCACUUUUCGGGCAAGGAAUUACACUAGUGAUCAUAACUUUUCCAUUAUUCUGAUCUUAUGUAGGUCUAUACUCUGUACCAAGGAAAACUAGAUCACUCUGUAAGACGCAAGACAAUUAUCCAUUUACCUUUUAUAUUUUCAGGAUGUGCCAUUAAAUCGAUCAAUAAAAAUCAAGUUUGUUACUCUUAGCAGUUUA